GUGCCGCGUCGAUCAUCGGCUGGUCUUUGGCAGUGGUGACGCCUUUCUUCUAUCUCCUUGGCGUUGCUUUCAGUGGGGAUUGGCGCCGUCCUCGAAGAGGCCUGCGCGUAGACCCGCAAGACGAGAUUGCAGGCAUCGAUCGCAGUUACCACGAGCGCGUCUCUUGGCAG